UCCCUGGCUCUGGCUGAGAAUGAACCACUCUAUCAUCUGCGCUCUUUCCUAGGGAAUUGUCACGAGCAGCUAAUGGUCUGUCUUGGUCACCUCUUCGACUGCCUCUCUCCUCGACUUUACGCCCUUCCAAUCGUUGAACAAUUUCGCAUUCUCCAGUUGUCCUGUGCCGGGAUUGAGUAUCUGCCUGACUUGCGGCUCAAUCAUCUAUUGCGUAUCUUUUUACGACUAUAA